AUGUCCUCGCACGCCGGGACCUGCACGUUCGCCGCCGCCGCCGCCGCUGCCGCGCUCUUCGUGGGCCUUGUCGCCGCUCCACCGCCGACCAUCUCCGACGUCAUCCACAGCGUCGACCACGGCAUCGCCGCACUCGGGCUCUGGCCCAGCGCCGAGAUGGCCGCCGCGGGCAACCUGGUCGACUGGUGCGUCACCUCGGAAUGCUUCGACGCCGCCUUCCGCGUGGCCGCCUCUGAGAUCAGCCUCGGCGGGAUGACUGCGCCGGACGUGGUGAUCGGUGACUUCUCGGUCCUGCGAUUCCUGCUCUCGGUGGUCGUGGCCGGCGUCGUGACCAAUGCGGCCAUGAGAAUCGCCGAUACGAUCGCGCGGCUCCUCUUCACCCACUUCGACGCGGCAAAGUGCAGCCUGCCCAGCGUGCUGCCGUGGCCCGACCCGCCCGGCAACAGCGCGCCGUUCGACGUGCCGGUCCCCGAGGCGAGCGCGGAGCAGCUCGGAAAGUUCCUCGCCUUCCGUGGCGUCGCGCUGCCGGCGACCGAGGCGGCGCGGCGCGAGGCGGCCGCUCGCGAGGCGGUCUCUUACAUGGCGGAGCUCUUCGACCGCAAGCACAACGAGUGGUGCUACCGGCACUAUGCGCUGAAGGAGAAGGGCCUCUCCUUUCCGUACCGCGCGCCGUUCAUGAACGCGUGGGACUUUUACGGCGAGACGUCGGCGCACCUGCGCCCGGUCGGCAACGGGCAGGUGAUCUUUGCGCUCCACCACACCGUCGAAGGGCUGCUGCUGCCGCUGCUCUACUUUUCGAGCGGCGACGCAUCCUUCUUCUACCUCGCGCUGUACGCAGACAUGGGAGCGUAUGACAUCCUCGCCCUGCUCUGGCGGCGAGCCACCGGCGCAGACCACACGCUCACGCGCCACCACCCGUCGGUGGACGCGGUGCUGGCGGGCCCGCUCCUCUCCAAGACCUUCAUGCUGCACGUCGUCGCCUCUGCGCACCUGUCCGGUGUCUUCAUCCUCGCGGCCAUCGUGCUGCACCAGACGCCGGCGCAGGCGUGGCCUCGCUUUCUCUACCGCUUCCAGGCCGCAGUCCUCGCGGCCAUCUACGCGUGCCGCGUCGUCUGGUGGGCCCCGAUCGCCGCCGCCUCGCUGCGCCUCGCGUACACGGGCUUCCUGCCCCCGCUGCUCACCCCGCACGGCGUCGCGUCGGAGCCGCGCCUCCUCUCGCCCUGCUUCGCCGCCAUGCUCCUGCUCAUCGCCUUCUACACCUACUUCAACGCCGACCAGAUCGUGUACAACCGCAAGCUGCUGCGCAAGGCCGGCGAGAGGCUCCGGCUCGCGACAGAGAAGGAGCGGCCCUCGUACUCGUGCUAGAGCGCGGGCAGGAGCGCGUCGAUUCGAUGCGUGCUGAAGCGGCGCCAUCGGGGUGGAGCGGGGGCGGAGGCGCCCGGGGGGUUCUGUGUCCUCAGCAUUGUGCGAUAUUGAGAGAGCGAUGUGGGCGGAUGUGUCUAAGUCGGUGGCCUGAAGACGUGUGAGUCAAGUGCGUCGAGUGUGUCAGGGAGGUAUCAAGACUCCGUCAUG